CUCCCUAUAUCAUCCUGUCCACUGGUCUGGAGAAUUACAGACAACUCACUAUCAGAGAAGACUGUCUUACUGUUCAACUCACAGAUCAGAACCGAUACAUCUGCAGAUAUGUCUGGGAAAUACCUCCUUGCCGUUUUCCUUGCCCUCCAAGUCUCCAUGUCCCUGUGCCAGUUUGAUGUUCCUGCACCAGACCAGGAGCUGGUGGACAAGUAUGAGGCCAUGAAGGGGGUGUUCUACAAGCGCCUUCUCACCGCCUACGGCAAGCUGCAGGCCGCCAUGGGCCCCGUGGUAGAAAGCCUGGGAGAGGGACGUUCACAGGCUGCCAAGGAUUACGUUGAGGACAUGCAAACCAAGCCCCAGUUCCAGGCUGUCGUCAAGGUCGCAACCGGUCUGGCCGGUGAGGCAGCUCCCCUGGUGGACAAGGCUCGCAGUGCCGGCCUGGGCAUCUACGGAAAGUACCUGCGCCCCCACGUUGGCACCUACCUGGAUGACGUCAUCACCCAAGCCAAGGUGUACCUGGACACGUACCUGCCCGCCGAGUAAAAACAGACACGGUCGCAAACAAAAACGUGCAUGUUUCCUGCCUUUCACCUUAGCGCUGUAGCUAGCUUAGCGCUGUAGCUAGCUUAGCGCUUUAGCUAGCUGUUAGUGGUAAAAAGGCUAUCCCACCCAGUAUUUUAACUCAUCCCCCCUCCCCAAACCCACCUCCCUGCCCUUCCUCUCUCACCCCCAACCUCAUUCCAAAGUUAACCCCUUUUGUUGACAUUCCACAAACAACGGACUUUGCCUAAGAAAACCAAGGUCAGAGCAAGGUAGAUGAAAUAAUGACAUUGUUUGUCUAUCUGUGUGCAUGUACAGUUUGUAACUCUGUGUCUGUUGCUCUCGCAUGAGUGUAUGUGUGGACUUGUUUGUGAGUAUUGUCAGUAAAAAUUUGGAACUUGAAA